CGCAAAAACUGUUUGUAUUGCUUUGUUCUUCGCUUUGUUUAACGUGUUUUUUUAUAAAAUAAAUAUUAGAUUGUUUCAAAUAAAAUGUAAAAAUGUCAGUUUGUUUUGUGAAAGGCUGUGAUAGUGGUACAGUUGAGAACGGUCAAAGAUGUGGAAACAAUUUGAGUUUCUUCAAACCCCGAACGGAUGAAAUGCUGCAAACCUGGUUUGCGUCAAUUAAGAGGACAGACAAAGUCAUGGGUAAAAGCCACAGAGUUUGUGAGAAACAUUUCGAAGAAUGUGACAUCGAAAGAGAAUGUACCACGAAAUUAUCAGAUGGAACAAUUCAUCGAAUCAAAAGGCAAAGAAUUGGCCUGAUGAAAAUAGCUGUCCCGUCAAAAUUAUUGUCCAAAGACAAUAUUGAUUCAAUUAAUUCUGCCGAAGAUAAAACUAUAAAUGAUUCGCAUAUUAUGAAAAGCGGAUUUAUCAAUGAACAUGGUUUUAAAGGAUUAUUAAAGAAUUAUGAUUUUAUUCGUUUACCAUCAGCCGCUUGGUGGGUACAACCCAAAGAAAGUCAUAUAAUGUGGAUUCACAUUGACGAAAAAAUUAAUUUUUCAUUAAAGAAAAUCAUUGUACAUUCGGAUAUGACAAUCGACGUAUUUUUCAACGUUAGAAAAGUAUAUACCGGCGCAAUCAAGGAAAUUUUUGAAAUUGCAGCAAUACUUGAAACAGCAUCAGGCCUGUUGUUCUGUCAAAGUGCAGAUUAAACAAGUUCUCCGAAAUGUGAGGGAUAUGUAUUACCUAAGGGCAAGAGUGUUAGCGGUCCGCAAUCAAAGUACUGUACUGAGUGUAAAAAAUGGAGGAAAAAAGAGAGACAAAAAAGAGAAGGACACGUAUUCGAGAUAUCAAAAGGCGCAAUAUAAAAUUGCACAUGCGAGACCGCGUGAAAGGAGUGAAUCGCAAAAAUAUUCGACUGAAUAAAAAGAUUGGGCUUUUGCGAAGAAACGUCGAGAAAUUGCGGUUACAAUGCGCAAUUAUAAAGGAGGAAACAUUAAAUAAAGCGAUUUCACAGCUACCAAAAAAACAACAAUUGGCUGUUCGAGCUUGUUUCCAAGCGUCAAAAUUAACUGACAUGAAGUGUAUGCGUUACACAACUGAAUGGAUUUACGAGUGCUAUCUUUUGCAAGUGAAAAGUAAAAAAGUGUAUAAGCAGUUGAGACGCGAUAAAGUACUAAUUUUGCCAUCUCCUGUGACCUUAUCCAGAUAUAUGAAACACCUGAAGAGCACGUACGGCUUUCAAUCAUAUGUUUUCACAGGUUUGAAAGUUAAAACAGAAUCUAUGGACCCGGAAAAUAGAAGGGGUAUCUUUGCUAUUAAUGAGGUUAAACUCUCUGAAGCUGUGACCUUUGAUCGAGUCAAUUUAAAAGUCGAAGGUUUCACAGACAUCGAAGAUUAUACACCGGAACACCAAAAAGGUGUAAGAGGCGAUCACGCUCUCGUCAUCAUGUUCCAGCCAUUCAAAGGAAAUUUCGUGCAAACAGUUGGUUGUUUCCUUAGUAGGGGCAGCGCAAAUGGAUCUGUGCUUCACAAAAUAGUAUUAGAAGGAGUUGCAUUGGCAGAAGAAGCUAGUCUAUUCAUAGAUGCGGUAGUAACUGACGGGGCCACAUGGAACAGGAACAUGUGGAAGAAUUUUCGCAUUUCUGAAAAAUGUGUCAGUGCACCUCAUCCAUGUGACGUAAAACGUCGUUUAUGGUUUCUGUCGGACUAUCCUCAUCUGGCCAAAAGUUUAAGAAACUUUUUUAUAAAAUUCCCUAAGUUUAGAAAAUUUUUUACUCCAGAUGGAGGUAUAUCGUUGAAGCAUUAGUAUGCAUUGCUAGAAAAGCUGAAUUGUUCACCAUAUGAGUUAAAAGUGAAUUAUAAGUUACGAAAAGAACAUAUCGAACCAAAAUAUUACGAAAAAUGAAUGUUGCCCUUGCAUUCCAGUUCUUCAAUGUACACGACGCUUUAGAAAUUUAUAAAAACACGCAUGAAGAUUUGGAAGAUUGUGAAGGGACAAUAGCUUCUUGCAAAACGAUCACAAAGUUAAAUAAAGCUAUGAAUAGCAGAACACCAGCAGAAGCUUUAUCACCAGGAAAUGAAGUUUGGAAUCAUAUUUAACGAAAUGGGAAGCUGAUGCCAAAAAGGAAGGAGC